GAGCAGGCUAGUGCACAGGAACAAGUUUAGAAAAACCUGGACCUAUUCAAAAAUAAAAGAAAAUGUCUAUAAAUGUGCGAGUUACUACAAUGGAUGCUGAGCUGGAGUUUGCAAUCCAGCCCAGCACAACUGGCAAACAGCUUUUUGACCAAAUAGUGAAGACGAUUGGACUGAGGGAGAUAUGGUUCUUUGGACUGCAGUACCAGGACAGCAAGGGCUUCUCCACAUGGCUGAAACUCAACAAGCGGGUGACUGCACAAGAUGUGAGGAAGGAGAACCCACUGCUGAUCAAAUUUCGAGCGAAGUUCUAUCCAGAAGAUGUGGUUGAGGAGCUGAUCCAGGAAGCCACCCAGAGACUCUUCUUCUUGCAGGUCAAGGAGGGAAUCCUGAAUGAUGACAUUUACUGCCCGCCAGAGACUGCUGUGCUGUUGGCCUCCUACGCUGUGCAGACCAAACAUGGGGACUACAACAGGGACUACCAUGUGCCUGGAUAUCUUUGCCAUGACAAACUGCUGCCCCAGAGAGUCUUGGAGCAGCAUAAGCUGACUAAAGAGCAAUGGGAGGAGAAGAUUCGGGUGUGGCAUGAAAAACACAAGGGACUUCCCAGAGAGGAAGCUAUGGUCGAAUAUCUGAAGAUUGCUCAGGAUCUGGAUAUGUAUGGCGUGAAUUAUUUCAGCAUCAAGAACAAAAAAGGAUCAGAGUUGUGGCUGGGAGUCGAUGCUUUGGGACUCAAUAUAUAUGAACGUUCAGAUAAGUUAACACCCAAGAUUGGAUUCCCAUGGAGUGAAAUUCGUAACAUUUCAUUCAAUGAUAAGAAAUUUGUCAUUAAACCAAUUGACAAAAAAUCACCAGACUUUGUCUUCUAUGCACCCCGUCUGCGCAUUAACAAGCGCAUCCUGGCUCUGUGCAUGGGAAACCAUGACCUGUACAUGCGCCGCCGUAAACCCGACACCAUUGAGGUGCAGCAGAUGAAAGCCCAAGCCAAAGAGGAGAAGACCAAGAGGCAACAAGAGAGAGCACUGCUGGAAAAUGAGAAAAAGAAGCGAGAAAAUGCUGAGAGGGAGACCGAAAAGAUUGCCAAGGAGACCAUGGAGCUCAUGGAGAGACUAAGACAAAUUGAGGAGCAGACCAAAAAGGCUCAAGAGGCAGAACUUGAAGAGCAGACCAAGCGGGCUUUGGAGCUGGAGAAGGAGAGGAAGUUUGCCCAAGAGGAGGCAGAGAGGCUGGAAAAGGACCGCAUGAUGGCAGAGGAGGCUAAGGCCACGCUGCUCCAACAGUCUGAGAGCCAAAUGAAAAACCAAGAGAAUCUGGCCACAGAGUUAGCUACGCUAACAUCCAAGAUCUCUCUGUUAGAAGAUGCCAAGAGAAAGAAGGAAGAGGAUGCUAGAAAGUGGCAGAAAAGGGCUGUCAUGGUCGAGGUGGAUCUGGAGAAGACAAAAGAAGUGUUGAAGAGCAAGAUAGUGGGGGUCCACAUCCAAGCAACAUCCCAUCCAGAGAAUGACCAUGAUGAGAAUGAUGAGAGCAGCGCUGAGGCCAGUGCCGAGCUCACAUCUGCUGGAACAUAUCAGGAUCGCAGUGAAGAGCAGCGUAUGACAGAGACAGAGAAGAAUGAACGGCUACAGAAACGUCUUCUGGCUCUAAGUUCAGAGUUGGCUGAUGCUCGUGAUGACAGCAAGAAGACAGAGAACGACUUGAUUCACGCAGAGAAUGUACGGUUAGGCAGGGACAAAUACAAGACCUUGCGUCAAAUCCGACAAGGAAACACAAAGCAACGCAUUGAUGAGUUUGAAUCCAUGUGAUUUUUUCCCUUGUGAUAAAAGUGUAGUCCAGUCAUUUAGUCAGUCUCUAUGUUUAGAUAAUCAUUAUAAAUGCUGGAGAGAUUAGAUUAAAAUGUUUCUCCAACUAUAUUACAGAGUGCUCUGAUUAUGUGACUCACUGCAAUGAGGUUAUGAUGUCAUAAUAUACAUAAAAUAUAAUAAUUAUGUAAAAAAUUAGAAGUAGGAGCGAUGGCUUCCUGACAUAGAAACCAUGAAACCUUUCUCUAAAUUACUAUUUUAUUAGUGUUGAAAAAAAUUGACACACUCCAAAUCCAGGAAAUCAAGGAAUGGUUCUGUGAAAAAUCUAAUUUAUAAGAUUUUUCUCUUACUCUUGAUGUAGUUGACCAGCUAAAACAUGUUUGGAGUCCAAAUUUUGCUUGUUCAGUAUAGAGCUGGAGCUGCAAAUUUAAUGUUGGUAACAUCAGAAGUCAAUAAUCACCCAAAUCCUCAAAUGCUCAAACCGUAUCUUCAUUAAAGUUUCAAAGUCUU